CCGUGAUGCAUUGUGGAUCACACAUCCGGUACAGCCACGCCCUCUACGCGGAAGGGGAUUGUCGGUGCAAUAAAUCAAGGAAGUUUUCAGUGUAGAAGCUCCUAUUCCUUUCGUGGACGAAGACGUCAACACUGAGGACCACGUGUAUGUGAACAGUUCCAUUGAUGAACUGACUCAGCUGUGUGCCAAGCAGGUCCGAGACAACAACAACUAUCAGGUGAAUACUGCAUGUACUGACUCAGAAAAGACUGACACUCAUCUGGCACAUGGUGGUGCCUCAGAAACAGGAACAGAAGAAUCAGUAACAGAGGAACUAAGGGAAGCACAGCAACAGGUUGUCCUAGCAUUAGCAGAGGCUGACACCAUGUCGCAGGACCUGUUAAUGAAUGCCGUCUCUCGACUGGAGAACGUUGCCACCAGGUUAGAGAGCUUGGCUCGAUCUCAACCAGCCAGUCGCACUUCCUCCUCUUCAGCAGGGGAUUCUGAGGUUGCACCUUUCAUUCUUGCCUUUGAUGCCAUCCUGAGUGGCCCAUUCGCACAGUAUGUGUCGCUCAGUUCAUCUAUAGGUGGUGAUGUCAAGACGCAGAGUGAUAUGGUCCAGGGGGCGUUCCAGGCAGAGAGACAGUUCCUGCUUACUGCAUCACAGUUCAAGCAGCCAGUCCAGAGCGUGUUGCCGGACCUGCUGAAGCCAAUUUCAGAGAAGGUUUCAGCCAUUCAGGAUUUCCGCGAGAAGAACCGAAACAGUCCCUUCUUCAACCACUUGUCCACCAUCAGCGAGUGUGUUCCUGCAUUAGGAUGGGUGAAUGUGUCGCCCAAGCCAGGCCCCUAUGUCAAGGAGUUAGCCGAUUCUGGGAUGUUCUAUGGGAACAGGGUGCUGAAGGAGUUCAAGGAAAAGGAUCCGCAGCAUGUGGAGUGGAUAAGGUCGUGGAACAAGACCUUAGUUGAGCUGCAGGCUUACAUCAAGCAGUUCCAUACCACAGGCACAGCCUGGAACCCACAGGGACCACCGGCAGCUGCCCCAGCCAGGGGAGGUGCUCCGCCCCCACCCCCACCCGGCCCCCCACCCCCACCCCCACCAGCAGCUGUGGACUCCUCUGGGGGUGGCGCGGAACAAGAACGAGCUGCCCUGUUCAGUCAGCUCAACAAAGGAACAGACAUUACAAAGGGAUUGAAGAAGGUCUCUGAUGAUAUGAAGACCCACAAGAACCCUGCCCUGAGACAGGGCCCCGCCCCCUUCAAGGCUGCUGGGCCUCCUAAGACAGCGCCCAAGCCUGAAGCCAAGGUCGCCCCUGCUGCUGUCUCCAGGCCACCUCUCACCCAACUCCAGGACAAGAAGUGGAUUGUUGAAUACCACAACAACAACAAGGACAUCAUCAUCGACCAGACGGAGACCAAGCAGGUCGUGUAUGUCUACAAAUGUGUCGGCAGCACCAUCACUGUCAAGGGCAAGGUCAACUCCAUCCUGCUCGAUGGAUGCAAGAAGAGUGCUGUAGUGUUUGAGGACGUUGUGUCUUCUGUUGAAUUCAUCAACUGUCAGAGCGUUCAGGGUCAGGUAACUGGCAAAAUGCCCACAGUUAUUAUAGACAAGACAGAUGGCUGCAUGAUGUACCUGAGCAAGGACUCCAUCCAAGCGGAGAUUGUUACCGCCAAAUCCUCCGAACUCAACAUCCUGGUUCCUCAAGCUGAUGGAGAAUAUAAAGAGUUUGCUCUCCCAGAACAGUUCAAGUCGACAUGGAACGGGUCCAAGUUUGUCACGAUUGCGACUGAGAGUGUUUGAAGCAGCAUUGGUGCCGAGGAAAUGUCAUGCUGUCAGCUUCGUGCUAUGUGCUGCCUGAACAAACAUCAACCACAAUAUUCCUUCUGUCUUAACAUUUGUACAGACCAACUUUUCUAACAAUGUGCACUAUUUUAUGGAAUCAGCAGCAUUUUAUAAAUCUUAUGACUAAUAUGAUUACUCAACAAAUUCAUAAGCUAUCAAAUGUAAGCCUAAGACUGUAAUCGUUAUUAUUUUCUGUCUGAAGAAAAAUAUAUUUUUCAUGUUUUACUCUUUUUUUAAAAAAAAGCUUUCUUAUACAUUACACAAAGAUGUGACGAUCGUACUAUAAGAAUCUGACCAAAUGCUGUAGUAUGCUUCAGCUAAUUGCCUUGUAUUAAUUACCGGUAGAUGCAAAAUGGGCGGACCACAUGUCCUCAAUGCAAUGCUAGUUCCAAAUCUGCAGCAACUAUGGUUCUAGAUCAAAUAUAUCCUUAGGGGGAAUGGUAGGUUUACUGGAAUGGAGUAGAAUGUAUGUUACAUGAUGGAGACCGUGAAAGUGGCCUUUGCAAGGUGGAGUGAAUGAUCAAGAAAGGCCUGUGGAUAUUGUGUAUCUGUUUAGUACCCAAGAAGUAGUGGACUAUCGAUUGUUGUGUGUGUAUUGUGGUACAAAGGCCCAACACUUGAGAAUCAAGUAAUCCAUCUUUAUGCCUGUCUGUAUCAACUACAUGUCUCACAAUAAUAGUUGUUUGAAAGUUCUUCAGAAUGCAGUAUUCACAUUUGAUCCUCAUGGAAAUCAUGUUAGAAAUUUUAGAAAUACCUUCAGCCAGGCAGGAUCUACAACAAUCUGUAAACCUUGGGGCAUUAAGCAAUGGCGACAAUCAUGAAGAAUAUCAGAGGCCUUCCUUCACAACGUCUGCCUAAUGAGCUUGUGUUGUAAGAAAAUAUAUGCAAACUAAAGGAAGGUUUAGGAAUACAUAGAUCCUAUUGAUAGGGUGAGGAUUAUGAUGUGUACCUUCAGUGCUUGAAGCGUAGUUGCCUGUAUCUAGAGUCUAGUGUGGAGGGCGUGUGGCCCGCCCAGACCAGUCUUUCAUGUAAGUACGUCAGUACAGUUACUACCACACAUGAGCUACACCACUAGAGGCGAAGGAGACCAUUAUACCAGCUUGAUCUUUGCUGUCCGGAACAUUUUGUUGAUUAUAUUUAUGUAUUGACAUGGUAAAAUAAUGUGAAAUAAAUAGAAUACCAAGGUGCUGUUUCAA